CUUCUCCAUGUGUGAACGAACUCACUCAACUGGCGCCGCGACUGACACCACCAACGUUAGCUUCUGUGUGUGGCCGUGGAGGGGCGCGCGCCAUGACGACCGCCACUGCCAUCGUCGCCGGCCACGGCAUCGCCUUCCGCCGGAGCCUCCACCUGCCCAACCCGCCAGGGAAGCCCUCCUUCUCCGUCGCGCGGCCCCAGGCGCACUACCGCCUCUUAGUUCCGGCCACGCCGUCGCCGAGGCCGUGCCGGUCCAUCUCCUCCGAGAGCCCCACGGCCGCCGCGGCGGACACCGCGGAGGACGAGGAGGAGGAGCCAGCCGAGGGAAACGAGGAGGAUGAUGUGGACCCGCUGGCGGAGGUGUGCUACCUGGACCCGGACGCGGACGCGGAGGGGAUCCGGGAGUGGGAGGUGGACUUCUGCUCGCGGCCCAUCCUGGACGCCAGGGGCAAGAAGGUGUGGGAGCUGGUGGUGUGCGACGCCACGCUGUCGCUCCAGUUCACCCGCUUCUUCCCCAACACCUCCAUCAACAGCGUGACGCUCCGCGACGCGCUCGCCUCCGUGGCCUCCUCCCUCGGCGUGCCGCUCCCGGACCGCGCCCGCUUCUUCCGGUCGCAGAUGCAGACCAUCAUCUCCCGCGCCUGCAACGACCUCGGGGUCAAGGCCGUGCCCAGCCGCCGCUGCGUCUCCCUGCUGCUCUGGCUGGAAGAGCGGUACGAGACCGUCUACAGCCGCCACCCCGGCUUCCAGAAGGGCACCAAGCCGCUGCUCACGCUUGACAACCCCUUCGCCACCAACCUGCCGGACAACCUCUUCGGCGACAAGUGGGCAUUCGUGCAGCUCCCCUUCGACGAUGUGAGGGAGGAGGUGGAGUUGCUGGAGAGGAGGUACGCAUUCGGGGCGGGGCUCGAUUUGGACCUCUUGGGGUUUGAGCUCGAUGAAACCACGCUAGUCCCUGGGGUUGCCGUGGAAUCUUCGCGCGCCAAGCCUCUGGCCGCUUGGAUGAAUGGGCUAGAGAUCUGUUCAAUGGAGGUUGACACCGGCAGAGCGAACCUGAUCCUGUCAGCCGGGGUUUCUACCAGAUACGUCUAUGCCGGCUACCAGAAGAGCGCCGCGACGACGCAGGAGGCAGAAGCGUGGGAGGCGGCCAAGAAGGCCUGCGGCGGCCUGCACUUCCUGGCCAUCCAAGAGAACCUCAACUCCGAUAGUUGCGUGGGUUUCUGGCUCCUGCUGGACCUGCCGCCACCGCCUGUAUGAUCUGGGUAGCGCGUGUGUCGUCACUUCCAUCGAAAUCACUGUAGUAUGUGUAGUGCCAAUCAGAUUUUCAAUACAAGGUGAUUUCAUUUUAGCUCGUUGAUUACUGCACAGAGGUGUACUUUAUGAAAAGAAAGGAGAGGAAAGGUCAUACUUUAA